CAAUAAAGGGGGUUGAGUUUAUUGUACAGAAUGCGGAGGCAUUUUUUGACAGUCAUGUUAUGAUCAGAUUAAGACGGUGACACAGCAUUAACCUUCUUUGCACAACAACCUCGGACUGGACCUGACUGAAUUUAACUUAUUUUAAAGUUUUAAAGUCUUUAGCUCCUCUUUAUCUUCAAAACACUGCUGACACCUUUCGUUAGCUAGCUAGCCGGUGGUCAACUUUGGUUGAGUCAGUCGGGCAGCUUCGUCGUAUGUUUUCUGUUUGUAGAAACCUCUUGUAUCAUCAUGGCCCAAAAUAACCCCUCUUUCUCAGUGAAACUGUACAUUUACGAUCUGUCCAGGGGAAUGGCUCGCCAGCUAAGUCCUGUUAUGCUAGGGAGACAGCUGGACGGCAUAUGGCACACAGGUGUUGUUGUCCACGGAAAAGAGUUUUUCUUUGGUGGAGCAGGUAUCAACUACUGCUCACCUUCUGGCACUAUACUGGGCGACCCGGACUCGGUGGUGGACUUGGGCUCCACUGAGGUGAAUGAAGAUUUAUUCAUGGAGUAUCUGGCAUCACUGGCUGAGUCCACCUACAGCGGUGACAAGUAUAACAUGUUUGAGCACAACUGCAACACCUUCAGCAACGAUGUGGCACAGUUCCUCACAGGCAGAAAGAUCCCCUCGUACAUUACAGACCUACCAUCCGAAAUACUCUCCACGCCAUUUGGCCAGGCUCUCCGUCCAUUCUUGGAAUCCAUGGCCGUAAAUCCUGGAGGAAACAACAUCCCUGGACAGCGAUAGAGCGAGCUAUGAUUAUAGAAGAAAGUACUUGAUGAUGUUUGUGCCAGCGGCUAGCUAAGCGACCUCUGCGACCAGUCACAAUUAAAGCUAACCUGCUAUCAUUAGGGCCCCUUUCCCUUUUUUUAAUCACCUUCAAGGUCUGCUUCUACAUGUUGCAAAUCCAUUGUAAGAUAUACCAGCAAACUAAGCCUGCAGACAAAAAAAAUGGAUUUCUGCUCUUUAAGUUAGUUUUUGUUCAUAAACAUAUUACCCCUGGCUUAGCCAAAAUAUAUUUGCUCUAGAAUAAUUUUAAAUAUUGGGGAAAUAUAGUCUGCAGAGAUUUGUUGAAACCUUCUGUUCUUCCGAAAAGUGCUUUGUUAGGUAGAGACACAUAAUUAGAUUUGAAAUGUUUGCAAUACAGAUUUUGAUUUUAUUGGCUUUUUUAGAUGCCUCAUUGUGUCCCUAUCAUCUUAUCUGUUUAAUGUCAUUGAGGCUCUAGAAUACUAAGAUCAUAGUUUAUUUCUCUGUAGCUUUUUAUUUGGAUCUUUCCAUCCCACAGGGACAUUGCAUUUGAAGAAAUCUACUUUACUUGAGCGAUGGUUUCCCUUUAGAUGGUGUGAGGAAAGUUUGGUUUUUAGUAGCUGAAAGUCUCAUGAAUGUAAAUUUCUAAUAUUUAAAGCUUCUUAAUGCUUAUGGAAUGUUGUGAGUUCUACUUUUCCUGUUCCGCUGGCUUUUUAUGGCAUUGUCUAGAAAAAACAAUUUUUACCCAUUUAAAGGUAUUCUCUUUUUGUCAUGCCUUACCGUUUAUUUAUGAAGCACUUUAAAAAAAAAAGAACAUAACUGGACCUCAUGUUAUUUAGUAACAUCAAAACAUAGGACACAUUUACUUACUCCUGGACCAAUCAGCUUUCAUACCUUUGAUUUGUUACAUUUUGAUAUAUGUUGGCACAGACCGUUAUAUAUGCACUAUCAGAACCAGGUAUUUGUACGAAGAGGCCUUAUCGAUGGUGUCAAUAGAAACUUAUUUAGUGUUUCAAACCAACAUACCUUUAAUUUCUCAAUUAUGUGUGCAUUUCACAAAUAAAAUGAAUUUUAACAAAUCCCUGCAGAAGGCCUCAAAGGCAAAAAAGAGCCAUUCAUUUAUAUCUGUUUUAUCUUACUCAAAUCUUUGAUUGUUUUGAAUCCCAGUUUUAAGUAUAACAUUUUGUUAGUGAAACAUUUUAAUUUAAAAUGAUAAAAAAGUACUUUUACAAUAUGAGUUUGUUAAAUGGAGACCUGAUUGUGAAAUAUUAAAGUCUCUCUGUUAAAAGC